CUGGCGGAGAUGGGAUCAAUCAUGGGUCGCCGAAGAACAAGGCGCCUUCUGUAUUGCACGCCGCUGUACUAGGAACGCAGAGAGGACAGCAGAAGAUGGACAAAAUACCAAGUAGAAGACCAUCUUCUUCUUCUCCACCUGGAGCUUCCCCAAGUCAACUUUUAGAUGAGCGCAAUCGUGUGACAGCAGACCUAGAUCAACUAUUGGAGAGCAUGAAAACGAAGUUGGAAACAAGCGAACCAAGCGGCGCAUCGCCGAUGUUUGGUUACCGAGAGGAGAUUAAUGAUACAACUGGUGCGGCAUCAAAUAACAUUAUGGCAACAUCACAGAGUUACAGUUACUCAUCUUGAGCACCAGGAGCAUCGUAAUGGUUGGCUUUUUCAUUUCCAGCGAAGGAAAAAAAAACUAUAAAGUGACCAAGGAUAAUAUUAAUGGAUGCUACCUCCAAGGAUGCAACUUCUUCGUCGACAAACUCUAAAGCUAACGCUUCUUCUCCAGCACCUGCGGCAGCACUUCAUCUUCCUCUCCCUUCUUCUGCUAUGACAGAAAAUGAAGUAGCCCGUGUGCGUGUAGAGCUGGGCUUAGGUUCUUGGAUACCUGGUUCGUCCAUUCUCCCGAAGGUGAAUCUCACAGAAGCCGUCCUUCCUGCUCUGACACCACGAAGUGGAGCGAUGGUGCACGCUUUGCCUCAUCAAGCUCAGCAACAAGUAAUACAUCACAACGAACAAGGUGACUAUAUCCUGAUGGACCAGCAAAAUCAACAACUACAACAGCCCUGCUUAUCUGCUAGAACAUCAGCUUCUCGAAGUUGCACAACUACACCUAGAAUGAACAGCAACAGCCUACUAACCUCUGCAGCAGGUUCACAACAGCAUACCCCAACAAGUACCACAGCUGCGGCUUUGAAUAUGACUGUUCAGAAGAUAUUACUGGAAAAGUUUGCGGAGUUAGACGAAAGACUCGCGAGAUCCAUCGCUGACGUGGGCAAGCAGGCAGUGGAAAAGAAGGCUUUUCUCAAGGGUGAGCACGUCCGGAAAAAAAUGCAGUAUCUGAAUGAGCUUGAUCGUGACUUGCAGAGGAAAUUCCUAGAGUUGGACGACAUCUUGGCAAAAAGGAAAGUGGAGCUAGAAGCAGAAUACGCGAAGCGGGCGAAUGACGCUGAUUUUCGCUAUGCGAGAAAUGCUUUAGAAAUGAGCUUUGCGGCAGUUGGGAAUAAAUAUGCCAAAUUGACGCCACCAGCGGGAAUACAGGUGGUCAGGACAGCACCGAUUGGAGGAGGAAGUACAAAUAACAGUAUGGGUCUGGGUGGAAAUGGAACAGGAGGUGGAGAGGUCGUGGCUAGUAGAAGUAGUGCUGCGAGCAGGCAGUAUUCCUACUCCCAGUCUUCUAGCAAUGUGUUCGCUACUCCUGCGCCGCCUGCCUUCUACAACAGAGCUUCUAGUAGUAGGACGCCUAGAGGAUGGAGUUCUUUACAACCUACAGCAGCAUCUUUUUGCUCAAACACGAGGAGUAGAACACCUUCAAAUGCCUAUUCCCAAGUACAGCCAAUGUGUUUUUUUGGAGACCAGGAUCAUGCGGUGAACGUGAAAAGAUCAUCGUCUUCAGCAGUAGGACGUUCAUUCUUUCAGAGCACCAAGACACCACCAAUAACACCCAUCAAUUCAGUACAAGGAGGAACAUCUUCGCCAAAGUUGGGCUCAUUUUGUCGGAGUGAGUCUGGUAAUAUUGGUUUUAUUCGAGGUGGAACGAUUACGCCAAGGAACAGUAGUACAGCAUCAAACUUCCUCAAGUCUGGCAGCAGCUCGCGUUUUCUCGCGCCUGAAAGGACGCCUCGCACUCCUGGUUUAGUUUCGAGUUCGUUAUCCUCUACGACGCCACGAAGACAAACCCUUGGAGGAAUAAUAGGUCCCCGUCCACCUCUAGGAAGCUCAACAAGCCUUCAGCAGUCCCCCUUUGCCCAAAGUAGGAGUAGCAAAAACACCAGGACUACUAGUGCAUCUGCAACAUUUCUGCUCGGA